GGCUGCCUGGAUAGACGCAUUUUCUGGUUUCCACCUUUGCUGUAUCCCUGUCCAGGCAUGGCGUCGUUCCGCCUUGUGUCUCAGAGCGCUUACAGCUUUCGGUGUAAGGAACCCGACUCCAUUUCCUGGAAUGGAAAAAACGGAUCGUCGUAUACUCCGCAGUGGAAAGACGCCAAGAGAUUACAUUUGGCUUUUGGCAACCUGCGUAGGGGCACUCUAAUGGGGAUGCGGCGGGCAGGGCCGCAGAGAGAACGCAACCGGUGAGGCGAACGAGCAGACCAGGAGAAUGUUCACGGGAGAGGCACACGUGUCUGUAACACUGGCUUGCUUUUCAUACCUCACUCUCGCACGCGUCUCCGCGUGUUCUUCCCUCCUACACCAGGUUCUCGCGCCUUCCACAUAUCUGCCAGGGAUUUCCAGGCGAUCGACCAAAUGAACCAACCGACAUCGGCAGCAGCACCAGCACAAGCAGCAGCAGUUUGAAACGUCCACUGAGCAUUCUGCUGAUGCGUGCAUCGACUCCUGAUCACCUACUGGCUGCUGCCACCCUUCGCGCGCAGCUGCUCUAUGAGUACCCCUCUGGUUCUGGUCGCAAUAAUGCUUCUAAUGGGAACAGUGCUGGGGAUUCAGAAGUUCAGUGCACCAGUGGGGCCUUUGGUCCGAUGGAGGAAGCCAUAGUAGCGGAUAUGUAUGGCCUUCGCCUCAAGAAUGAAUUUGACAGGGACCUUUCUUUCCGCCUGGUAAAUGCACAUGUCGACACAUAUCUCGCCAUCUGUCCAUGGGAACGUAUGGCCCACACGCUCCGCUUCCCUGCACAAAGUAACUCCACCUCGUUACUUUUAACGCCUCCACAACUGGAUUCAUCGUUAACAACGUUACCUGAUGGUGCAGCAGGAGGAGUCUAUGCUGCUGUUGCAACUCUUGACAUUGAUAUGGCAGAGGACCUAUUUCACAUGGGAUCGCGGCCAUGGGGCCGUGCAAUUCACCAUGCUAUGGGAGUUGGCGCUGAUGUCCCUCAAUGCGCCAAUAGGAUGGAAACCCAGCGACCUCGAGAUCCUGCAGCAGUUUCCGGUGGCGCUGCCUACAUUUUCAACCUUUGUGUGACACCAGCCAUGCGGCGACAGGGAGUAGGCCAUGGUCUCCUCUCUUUUGCGCUGGGGGACUUGCUGAAGCAGGGGACGUUUUCAUCAAUUCACGUCCAUGUAGAAGUAAGCAACAAUGCAGCAAUUAAUCUUUAUAGCUCCGUUGGUUUCAGGUUAGUGCAUGAAGAGAGCCUAGAGGAUGCGGAAAAGCUCCAGCGGCCAAGGCGAUCACUUUUCUCGUUUUACCCUGUAAACCAUGAUCAUGUACUUAACU